GUAUAAUGUUAAAAAUCCACUAGUUGCCGAUAAAAGGAAAUCCGUGGAGUCUCUGCUUUAAUUUCACAAUAAAAGGUGUAAAAGGAAACAUAGUAACGCUAUAUUCUGUUCAAAUGUUUCUACUAUAAAAUUUAUCUGUUAAAAUAAUCGUAGAUACAAUUACAAAUGCUUGAGUUGAAGAUGGAAGAAACAGUGUAGGAAUCGCUGACGGAUACUGAUUUGACUAACGCGGUAAGGCUACGUUUAGAAGGCAGCCAUCUUGCUAUCCCUAAUCAAAGAUCUUCGGCUAGCGGCUAUCGCUGUCUGGUUUUCAGCCGGUUAAUAUCAACACACAGUUCAACAAAUGGCUUUAAAACGAAUUAAUAAGGUUGCUUUUACAACCAGAAUUUAUCAUCCAAAUAUCAACAGUAAUGGAAGUAUUUGUUUGGAUAUUUUAAGAUCGCAAUGGUCCCCUGCACUUACCAUAUCAAAGGUUUUACUAUCAAUAUGCUCCUUGCUUUGCGAUCCAAAUCCAGAUGACCCUCUGGUACCAGAGAUAGCAAGGUUAUACAAAACUGACAGGGAGAAGUACAAUGAAUUGGCACGUGAAUGGACGCGCAAGUAUGCCAUGUGAUGCGCCAAUCUCCGUUGACUUCAACAUCUAAAAGCCACCAACAAGCAGCCCCAGCCUAUUGCCACUUAUGCAUCAGCACCGAUUGAAAUUAGCUAUGGCUCGUCUACUUUAAAACUUAAGCCAGUACUCGGGCUCGAAGAAUGCUCAGACAACCGUGAUCAAUCUGAAGUUCCCUUCGUCCCGAGAGGCCUGCGAAUAUUGAGACGUUGCCACAAUGGCAAUUGAGGCAAUUUGAAAGGUGGUCACAUAACAUUAUAUAUAUAUAUAUAAAAAUCAGGAAAAAAGAAACAUGUCCGCUUUGAUUUUCAUAAAUAAAAAUGGAAGUAAAAUAUAGGAGAGUGAAAGUAGGAUUUGUAUUUGAAUUUAAUAGUUUAAUUUCUAAUUAUUGUGCUUAUAAUAUCGUAAUAUUAUAUACCUACUUUCUCAGUGAAAUGAAAACCUUGAACUGACAGCACACCAAUUGUUAGUUUUAACGCAAGUGAGCAAUGUUUGCCCGUCCCUUGGAACGAUGCGGUCACUUUUUUGUAAGACUGGGCUAUAUAUAAAUACUACUGAAACUAUACCUGUAUGUUUUGUUCAAUUAUUAAAAUUCCUUACCUAUCUAACAAAUUCUACGAGUAACUCGAAAUUUAUGGUUUGGUUCCUGUGUGCGUGUAGUAAUUUAAUUAUGCAUAUCGUUAAUCGAUAAAUUGGACUAUUAUGCCUCUUGGGAAUGAUUCAAUAUAAAUAAAGUAAUAAAAAUUUUGGUGACUUAACUGACCGCGACAUAAGUACCUGCCGUUCAUGGGCCCGUGCGAUAUUGAUAUUAAUCAAAGGCACUUACGAUUUUUUAUGGCGUGAAUUUAACGUCGUUUGGCUUUGUUUACAUAUGAAGAAAAGAAAAAAGGAAAAAAAAUGUAGUCAUCGAUGUCACUAUUUAUCGAUAAAUGAUGAGAGCGAAAUACAUUUUGUUUGAAUUCUUACGUAAAACGCGUUACAAAAUAGAUAAGAAAUGUUUUAACGAGCUCUAGAGCUUAACAAUGGAUUUGUAAAAUCCUCUGAAUUCAUUUUAUAUAAUAGUAAACGUCAUUAUAAUUAUCAAUAAAGUCAUGCGUCGUACCUUGCGAAUUAGGAAUUCGCCCGUCGCUAUGUUUUACUCAGAUCAAUGCGUUUAUUAUUGUUUUGCGUGUAAAUUUUUCUUUAAGCGAUAAUUUCUUUUUAUUAUUAUUUAGCAAUUGUCUUAAGUUUCCUUUUCAUCCACAAUAUAAGUACGUGCCCCCUUUUUCUCUCACGUCCUUAUAAUUAUUAUAUUACAAACUCUUACACUAUACGAACAAAAUAUAAUCGAUAAAUAGAUCUUACUUAAUUCUCCGCCUGCCCGCAAUAUAUUUUCAAUCGUUGCAUAUUUUCCUACCGUAUUGUGGCUGCAAAGGACUCCAAUGAGAUAUCAAGUUAUUUUCAAAAUUUACGUAAACGCAAUUUUUACAAGGUGGAAAGGACGUGUUGUCAUUCAGGGCAACGUGUUUAUCGUUAGCUUGUUCAAUCUAGAAACAAUUGCACCUUUCGUUGGUGCUAGCAGUGUUUCGGCUUCUAAUCCUAGAUAACAAAUAAAUACAAUCCGAGAUAUCGUAAAGAUGAUCACUUAAUUAGUAAAGUAAGUAAACGAUUUUGUCUUGCGAACGGUGUAAAGUGCGUUAACGAGCAAGUUUCGAGUGUAAUCGGUGCUUAAAAAUAUGGCAAGCUCACGGAGCAAGUACGAAGCCUAGAAAAGACAAAUCGAUUAGUAUGUAAUAUGGUAUAUCACUUGUUAAUGUCGAUUUUGUCUCAUACGAACGUGUACUGCUGUAAUUUAAUUACAAGUAAAAAAAAAAAAAAAAAAAA